AUGGCUCGUCUUCAGCUACUAAUUAUAUCCUCUCUACUUCUGCUGACGCUGUCAGCUGCAACUGAUGACUUCUUCCCGACUGGCGUUGCAAGGCCUGCAACGUACAACCCUGGCAACAGGGCCACCAACGCACUUAUUGACGCCCUUGAGGACGACUACUCAGCUUUUCUCUUCUUCUUCAAGCGCGCAGGUUUGGACAAGGAGUUUCCGGACUUGCUGUGCAAGUACACGGUGACCAUAUUCGCGCCGACGAACGAGGCGUUCAAGUCGCUCGACAGCGACCUGAAGAAGAAGGUGAAGGAGGACAAGCUGCUGCUGCGGGAGCUCAUGCUGCUGCAUGUCGUCAAGGGCAAGAAGACAUUCGCACGCCUCCUCGAGCAGGAACAAGGCCAUCAAUAUGAGUCCCCUGCUGCUCGCGGCCAAGCCAAGCUGGCCAAGCGCAGCGAGGAAGACGACAAGCCGUUCAUCAUCUCGACCAGGCAGGCAGCCGUGGCAGCCGACAGGCUCGGCCCGGACGUGGACGAGGAGGCUCGGAGUGAGGUUCGGCGGCGGCAGGCUCGGCUGCUGUGGAACGUGGACGGUACGGAACGCGGCGCGAAGGCGGACUCAGAAAGGCGCGGCGAGAUCGAGGAGGCGGUCGUUGACUUGGAACGACUUGGCGGGACUCCGUUGACCUCGGGAUUGGAUCGGCUGGACGGAUGGUGGGAGCUCAAGUACAGUACCGCUGCUGACGUCACCGGCAUUCUCAUGGCUCCGUCGUCGUUUCCGCUGCCCAUUCUACAGGUGGGUCGUAUCUUCCAGCGCUACAUCUGUGCCGGGAGAACAGACGGAGGCACGGUGCAGAACGUGGUUCGGUGGAGCCUGCCGGGCCUGCAGGACAAGGAGGGCGCGUCGCUGAUAGUGACGGCGGAGUUUGAUGUGCGCAGCGGCCGUUCCAUCCAGCUGCAGUUCGAGCGGGCGGCGGUGGGCGGCGUGAAGAUCAACGAGCAGCUGCAGGCUCUGCUGGCGCCGGCUGCCCUGCCACGCACGCAGUUGUCACUAGAUGCGCUGCAGUUCUUCCGUUCCUUGGAGCUGUCAGUGCCUCUUGGCUCCCCUCUUCGCUCCACCACAGAAGUAUUGUCAAGCUCCAUUCCCGCCAAUCGCUUCAUGAUUACGUUUCUAGACGAGCGCAUUUUGGUUGGCCGAGCUGUUGCUACAGGAGGUGUGUUCAUUUUCGAGAAGUCGGAGGAACCGUUGUGA